GGGCUCAACAAGACAGCCAUUGGGGACUACCUGGGGGAGAGGGAGGAGUUCAACCUGGGGGUGCUCCAUGCGUUCGUGGACCUGCACGAGUUCACUGACCUGAACCUGGUGCAGGCCCUGAGGCAGUUCCUUUGGAGCUUCCGGCUGCCGGGGGAGGCACAGAAGAUUGACCGCAUGAUGGAGGCGUUCGCACAGCGAUACUGCCUGUGCAACCCGGGGGUGUUCCAGUGCACAGACACGUGCUAUGUGCUGUCCUUCGCUGUGAUCAUGCUCAACACCAGCCUGCACAACCCCAAUGUGAGGGACAAGCCCUCUGCCGAGCGCUUCGUGGCCAUGAACAGAGGCAUCAAUGACGGCGGGGACCUGCCCGAGGAGCUGCUGCGGAACCUCUAUGAGAGCAUCCGGAGCGAGCCCUUUAAGAUCCCAGAGGACGAUGGCAAUGACCUGACCCACACCUUCUUCAACCCGGACCGGGAGGGGUGGCUGCUGAAGCUGGGAGGUGGGCGGGUGAAGACGUGGAAGCGCCGCUGGUUCAUCCUCACUGACAACUGCCUCUAUUACUUCGAGUACACCACGGACAAGGAGCCACGUGGGAUCAUCCCAUUGGAGAACCUGAGCAUCCGGGAGGUGGAGGAUCCCCGGAAGCCGCACUGCUUCGAGCUCUACAUCCCCAACAACAAGGGGCAGCUGAUCAAGGCCUGUAAGACGGAGGCCGACGGGCGCGUGGUGGAGGGGAACCACGUGGUGUACCGCAUCUCUGCCCCCACCCGCGAGCAGAAGGACGAGUGGAUCAAAGCCAUCCAGGCCGCGGUGAGUGUGGACCCCUUCUAUGAGAUGCUGGCAGCCCGAAAGAAGAGGAUCUCGGUCAAGAAGAAGCAGGAGCAGCCAUGAGGG